CUUCAGUGUUUUCUUCUCAUCAUACACUCACUGGCCUCCCUACUGGAUGUGGAUUUGUCGCUUUAUAGGCAUCUUUGCUGUUACUAUUGAGGCUGAGAGGUUCAUUCGAGUCUUUCCCGUAAAGGAGGUUGACCAUGCGCCAUCGGAGAAUCUAUUCCUGUGUCCGAUGAAUGUAACAGAUGGUGUGGACUUAACGUCCUGGCCGUCAAAGGAGGUUAUUAUCAACAGUACACUUUGUAUGGAUUAUGAUGAGCUCAUGGAGUUCAACAAUAGAGGAGAUUUUUUGAAGUGUCUAACGGAGGUGAUCAACGUCGCCACACAUGCAUUGGACAGGUUGGGUGUCGAUGCGACCAUCAUCGACGGUACCCUAUUAGGUUGGCAACGACACGAUAAGAAUCAUAUACCCUGGGAUGUCGAUGGCGAUCUCCUCAUCAUGCAGAGCCAUUGUCGGAAGGCCUUCUCGACCCACGCCACCACCCAUCAUAAGAACAUGGCAUCCCUUCUACAGGAGUAUUUACCCGAUGAUUCCCGCUAUCGUGUGGUCGCCGUCAAAUACGGGAUUGGCUCUGAAUUGAGCCCUGACGAGUGGGAGGGUUGCAACACUAGCGAGAUACGUGUCACGCACAACUACCACGGCGUCUCCUGCCAUGCCGACGUCUUCCAAAUGCUUCAAUCGAGCGAUCCCGGCUCGCCCUGUGGUCGCUGUCCUCUUCCUGUCAACGCAUCACCAUCGUCCACCAUCACCGUAUGUCGGUCUUCCCCCGGUGACCAGUGUGGCCUUCUGGAUGACCUACUACCGACUCGAUGGGAUCAUAUGAACGGCGUAAAUGUUCGAGUACCCGCCAACCCAGAGGCUGCCCUCAAGUCGCACUUUGGCCCCACUAGUU